GGUCCCAGCAGCUCCAUGAGAGAAAAAGGAGCGGAGAUAGGAGACGAAUAACGGUACUCUCUAAUAUUUAUGGAGCCUAUUCUAGUGUGUACCCGCACCACAUCUGCGUGUAGUCUUAUGCACACAUGAAUAAAUGCGUUUGGAAUCGGGACGCGUUGAACGGUGUUUUAGAGCUCACAAAAACAAGCGGUUCACCAUUGUCUGCGUAGAAAUAAGAAUGGCCUGGAUGUGGAAGAGGAAGUCGUUGAUCGCCACUAGUCUGAUCGUGGCAGUGUCGAUCUUCGUGGUGGUGGUGAACUACUCAGAGAAGCCCUACUUCCUCCUGCAGCCUGUGUUUGGUCAGACUUUCAGCAACCGCUGGAUGUUCUCCAAGCAGCCGUACAAGGCAUUCAAACCUCACCCGGGCUACGUCAGCGUCCCCAAACAAGAGCCCCUGAAGCUGCACUGCGAGCUCUGCAGCAUCGUGUCCAGUUCUGGCCAGAUGCUGGGGCAGGCUGCUGGGCCAAAGAUAGACCGUUCUCCUUGCAUCUGGCGGAUGAACAACGCACCAACUCGGGGAUUUGAAAAUGACGUGGGCCGCCGAACCACCCUGAGGGUCGUCUCGCACACCAGUGUCCCCCUGCUGCUGCAGAAGCCCCAGCACUUCUUUGGCCAAGGCAACGAUACCGUCUACGUCGUGUGGGGGCCGCUACGAAACAUGAGGAAGGAUGGGAAAGGCAUCGUGUACAACAUGCUGCGUCAGGCUGUGGAUAACUACCCCCAUGCACGCAUCUAUAUCACCACAGAGGAUAGGAUGAACUACUGCGACAUGGUCUUCAAGAAGGAGACAGGAAAAGACAGGAUCCAGUCUGGCUCUUACCUCAGCACCGGUUGGUUCACGCUCAUCCUUGCCAUGGACAUGUGCAAAGAGAUCCAUAUCUACGGCAUGAUAAACGACACCUACUGCAAGACUGAGGGUAACAAAAAGGUUCCCUACCACUACUACGAGGCUGGCAGUCGGGAUGAGUGUGAGGAGUAUUUGCUGCAUGAGAGUGCCCCUUACGGUGGACACCGCUUCAUCACGGAGAAAUCUGUGUUUACCAAGUGGGCCAAGACACACGCCAUCAAGUUCUUCAACCCAUCAUGGCACAAGUUGUGACCCUGGCUGUACC